AGCAGCUGCCACCUUCCGAAAUCUCCGGAUGUGGCGCUUUCCUUUCUUCUACUUAUUACAUUGUUAAACCCACGUCUCAUUCUACCAACCCAAGUACUCAAUAUUCUCUCUUCUCUUUGGAAUUAACGAACAAACCCCUCCUUCUCUUCAACUCCACCAUGGCCACGGCGGCGGCGAUGUCGGCCAUGGGAUUCACAUCCUCCACCUCCAGGGAUCUCUCCAAGUUCACCCCCUACCUUCCGAUUCAAUCCUUCCAACAACCAAUUUCUCUUUCUGCUCGAACAACCGGAGCUCUCCGCCACUCUUUCUCAUUGAAACACCACCACAACCGCGAGAAAUUUCCCAUAUUGCUUGCAUUUUCUGGAGACGGAGGCGAUGGUAUCGGGAAUGGGAAUAGUUCCGGAGGCGGCGGCGGCGGGGAUGGAGAGAGCGGUGGUAGUGGAAGCGGAGGCGAUGGAAACGAGAAGGAGGCGUUGUUGAUAUUGGCGGAGGCGGGUAGGUCGUUGGAUAGUAUCCCGAAGGACUUGGCGGCGGCGAUUGGGGCUGGUAAAAUACCUGGAUCCGUUAUACACAGGUUUUUGGAGCUUGAAAAGUCGCCAUUUUUAAGGUGGCUGCUUCAAUUUGGAGGGUUUAAGGAGCGUUUGCUUGCCGAUGAUCUUUUUCUGACUAAAGUUGGGAUUGAAUGCGGCGUCGGCAUGUUCACCAAGACUGCUGCAGAAUACGAAAAGCGAAAAGAAAAUUUCACCAAGGAGCUGGAAAUUGUUUUUGCAGAUGUGGUGAUGGCUGUAAUUGCAGAUUUCAUGCUUGUUUUUCUUCCUGCUCCUACUGUGUCUCUUCGACCUCCAAUCUCCAUGAAUGCUGGAAGCAUUGCAAAGUUCUUCUAUAAUUGUCCAGAUAAUGCCUUCCAGACUGCUUUGGGUGGAGCAUCAUAUUCAUUGCUUCAGAGAUUGGGGGCUAUAGCACGUAAUGGGACAAAACUAUUUGCUGUGGGAACUGCUUCAUCGUUUGUGGGGACAAUUAUGACAAAUACAUUGAUAAAUGCGAAAAAAGCUGUUCAGAAAUCUGAUGAUGAUGAGCUGGAGAAUAUACCUGUUUUAUCUACUAGUGUGGGAUAUGGUGUUUACAUGGCGAUUUCUAGUAAUCUCAGAUAUCAACUUCUUGCGGGUGUCUUUGAACAACGGCUUCUUGAGCCAUUGUUACACCAACAUAAGCUAAUGCUGAGUGCAGCCUGCUUUAUUGUUCGAACAGGGAACACAUAUUUGGGUUCAUUAUUGUGGGUGGAUUAUGCACGUUUGGUGGGGCUUCAGAAAGCUCAUGAUGUUGAAUGAAUGGGUUAGGUGGAUUAGCCGACAUCAUCCAGAUGUUCUGGAUUAAUGACUGUAUCUGAAAAGGGGUUGUUGCUAAUUCCCUUAAAUUGUCAAGAUUUUGGAAAUUUUACUUUUGUUUGGUUUUUAAGACGAUGUUAUGCGACUUCUUUUUUGCAAUUUCAAUAGUUCUUGACUUGGAAAUGCACGAGUUUUCUUGUAUUUAUAUGGUGCUGAUGAUAUCGAG